GCAGCCAUGGCGGUUGACUUUGGGGACCACGCCAGCGGGUUCCGCCAUACCGAGGUGAUCAGGUUCAUCAACAAUGAAGUCCUCCUGAACGGCGGUGGCCCAGGUUUCUACGUGGCCUUCCGCUCACGGCCCUGGAAUGAAGUAGAGGACCGGCUUCGGGCCGUGGUGGCGGACCCUCAGGUGCCGCACGCCAUCAAAAGGGCCUGCGCCUGGAGCGCGCUGGCCUUGAGCGUGCGUGUGAGCGCAAGGCAGGGGGAGCAGCAGGCGCGCCGGGUCCGGAGGCUGCAGGAACAGGUAGAGGAGCGAGAGACCGCUGCCUGGGCCCUGGCCUCCGAGCUGCAGCGGCUGCGUGCGGACCGAGAGGAAGCGGCCACACAGUUGCGCUUCACACGGACCGCCCUGCAACAGGCGCUGAUGGAGUGCGAUGUGCUUCGUGGGCGGCUGCACCAAGUGGAGAGGUCAGCCCAGGUCAGCCCGCUGGCCCAUGAAACACUGCCUGGGCCUCAAGCUGAGCAAUUUGGGACUGUAGCCUGGCCCCUGAAUGCAGAGCAGCAGAGAGAUGUGGUUGCCAUGGGGUUUCCUAGUAGGUUGUAUUUUGAGGCCCAGGUGCCUGCCCCGGCAACUGUUCUUUACAUGCCAGGACCUCCAGGUCCCUGCGCUCAGGCCAUACAACCCCCUGUGCCAAUGCCGGUGCCAUACCCACUUCCAUUCCAUGCACCACUCCCAGUGGGAAUCCCUUUCUUGCCACCUCUGCCACCAACAGUAGUCAUGGAUGCAGAAGCUGCAGUAGUCCCACUUCAAAUGCCUCCUGUGGGGAUUUAUUCACCUGGUCCAAAUGCUGCAGUGGGCUCCCAGGAGGAGGUGGCCCCACCAUGGGACCAAAAGAGUUCUAGCCAGGAGGGAGGUCCUGAGACCCUCCAGAAUACAGUUCCUGUGGGGAACAUCAGAAACCUUAGCCAGGAAGGUCUAGAGAGAACUCAGGAGAUGGUCCCCCCUGGAGAUAGCUGGAGCCACAGCCAGGAAGAAGGUCCAGAAAAGGCCCAGGAGGUGGUCCCCUCUGAGGAUAGCUGGAGCCAGGGCCAGAAAGAAGGUCCAGAAAAGCCCCAGGAGGUGGUCCCCUCUGAGGAUAGCUGGAGCCAGGGCCAGAAAGAAGGUCCAGAAAAGGCCCAAGAGGUGUUCCCCUCUGGGGAUAGCUGGAGCCAGAGCCAAAAGGAAGGUCCAAAGAAGGCCCAUGGGAUGGCCCCCCUUGGAGAUAGUUGGAGCCAGAGCCAGAAAGAAGGUCCAGAGAAGGCCCAGGGGAUAUUCCCCUCUGGGGACAGCUGGAGCCAGAGCCAGAAAGAAGGUCCAGAGAAGGCCCAGGAGGUGGUCCCCUCCAGGGAGAGCUGGGGCCAGAGUCAGGAAGAAGGUCUAGAGAGUCCCCAGGUUAUGGUUCCCCUUGGGGAUAGUUGGAAACUCAGCCAGGAAGAUCCAGAGAAAUCCCAGGAGGUGGUUACCCUUGGUGCCAGCGAGGAAGAAGAUCCAGAGACUUCCCCGGAGAUGGUAUACCUGGGGGCCAGUGAGAGCCACAGCCAGGAAGAAAGUCCAGAAAGACCCCAAGAGAUGGCCCCCUUUGGUGCCACCAGGGACAAUGGUAAGGAAGAAGAUCCAAGGGGACCCCAGGAGAUGGUACCCCUGGGGGCCAGUAGGAGCCAUAGCCAGGAAGAUCUAGGGAGGCCUCAGGAGGUGGUACCUCUGGGGGCCAGCGGGAGCCACAGCCAGGAAGAAGGUCUAAAACCACCCCAAGUGAUGGCCCCCCUUGGUGCCAGUAGGAGCAAGAGCCAGGAAGAAGAUCCAGAGGGGCCUCAGGAGGUGGUACCCCUGGGGGCUAGAGGGAACCACAGCAAGGAAGAAGAUCCAAAAAUCCCCCAAGGGAUGGCCCCCUUUGGUGCCACCAGGGACAAUGGUAAAGAAGAAGAUCCAAGGGGACCCCAGGAGAUGGUACCCCUGGGGGCCAGUGGGAGCCAUAGCCAGGAAGAAGAUCUAGAGAGGCCUCAGGAGGUGGUACCUCUGGGGGCCAGCGGGAGCCACAGCCAGAAGGAAGGUCUAAAAAAACUCCAAGUGAUGGCCCCCCUUGGUGCCAGUAGGAGCAAGAGCCAGGAAGAAGAUCUAGAGGGGCCUCAGCAGGUGGUACCCCUGGGGGCUAGUGGGAACCACAGCAAGGAAGAAGAUCCAGAAAGACCCCAAGGGAUGGCCUCUCUGCGGGACAACAGUAGCCAAAGCCAGGAAGAAGAUCUGGAGAGGCCCCAGGAGAUCUCCCUAGGGGAUGGCUGGAGUGAAAGUAUGAGGGAAAGCCCAAAGAAACAGCAGCCUCAGGGGCAGAAGGCCAAGCAACCCAAAGGGAAAAAAGCUUUGGAUUUCCAGCACCAGGAGAAGUCUGUCUCAGGAUGCAGUCCAGUGAAUUGGGACUGCCCAUGGUGUAAGGUCAUGAAUUUUUCAUGGCGUAAGGCCUGCUAUAAAUGCAAGAAAGUCUGUGUGGCAGGUGAGAGUAGAGGCCUGGACCCAGGACAAAUUCACUGAUUUCAAGAAGUUUUAUAGGUGAGGGCCUGUUUUUGUGUCUCUGAGCCUGCGGAACUUGUUUGUUGUUGAAGAAGCUGAACACAUCCCAUUAGAAGAUCUCCCAAGAGUCUAAAGAAAUCACACCUUGAUUCCAGCUGACCCACACCUCACUGAGACCCCCAUUGACUGGAACUGAGAAGAAUGAGAGGAAGUCAGGAAGAAGAGAUGCUCUGUCAC